AUGCUGGCCGAAGACAAAUUUGACGCUUCGCUAGAGCUUUUGCGCCGUCUUGACCCCAAGGCGGUGUCAGACAACGUUGGCGCUAUAUGCACGCUUCUCCGAAGCGAAAACGAGGAAUUGGCUCUGGAUUUGUUAUCGUCGGUAGAUACACCUUUGACAGUGGCCAAGUGUGGUGAUACAAACAAGUCGUUCUUGUGCUGUGACUACAACAGAGACGGCGACCUGUACCGUUCGCCUUUGUCCAAUAAGUACUAUCCCCCAACUGGAGAUGACGAGUCUCCAUAUCCUUCCGCGUCGUUGAGACAGUUGGAAGUGAAGGCCAACGAGAGCUUUGAUAUCUACAGGGAUUUGUACUACGAGGGAGGAGGGCUUUCAUCAGUCUACAUGUGGGACACGGCCGAAGAUGAGAGCGCAGACAGUUUGGAGGAAGGAUUUGCUGGUGUUGUGUUGUUCAAGAAGGAAACAGACGACCAUUCAGGAAAAUGGGACUCGAUCCAUGUUUUCGAAAUUGUGCCGGAAAGCGCAUCGAUGGCGCUGUACAAGCUCACGUCUUCUGUGAUUUUGGACUUGCAGAACAAGCUGGCAGGUUCCAAAUCGUUGUCUUUGUCUGGCACUUUGACAAGGCAAAUAGAAACGACACAGCAGUUGAGCAUCGAAGGUGGCAACCUUGAGUUGGCUCACUUGGUUAACUUGGGCCAGUUGGUGGAGAAAGCCGAGUACAACAUCCGCAACUUGUUGCAAGAGGUCUAUUUCGACAAGUUGAAGAACAUUAUGUUGAGAGACUUGCGUUCUGUGGGAGACAUUAGUGAGAAAGAGGCUGAUGACUCUAAACACUCUGAGAUGAUUAAGGGCUUACAAGGACUUUAA